AUGCAAAAUAAAUACAUACCAAUUACAAAAAAUAUACCUAAAACAAUUUUGAAUAGAAGGUUUAAAAAACUAUAAGAAUUGAUUGAAAAGGAGGAAUACUUUAGCGAGGAAUAAAUUAGAAUGAGAGAUCCAUUAUUAUAUUUUAUCUAUGUCGGACAGUACAUUCGUAAUUAGAACAAAAGGCCAGAUGGUAAUAUAGUUUUAUCAGAAAUAUUGAUCGAUCAAAUUUAGAAAUAAGAAUACGAAAUUCAUUUAUAAGAAAUGUAUGAUAAAUUAGGUCCAAAUCAUGAUUAUCCAAAUUUAAUGAUUGAGGCAAGAAUAAAGGAUGCAGACUUGGAGGAUCAGGAAGACAUAUUAAUACGAUUGAUGCAUGAUAGAUUCAUCAAUGGAUUAGACAAAGAUUUCAUAGAUUACUAAUAAAUUGAUUAAAAUGAAGAUUAUGAUGAUUAAAAAUAGAUGAAUUUAGAUAUGGAGGAGGAAUAUUUUGAAAAUCUAAAGGGGGAUGUAAGAGAAGAAGAAGUGAAAUAGUCAGAAUAUACAGGAAUUCAGGAUUAUUGA